AUGUCCCAACCGAACACCGAACGGCACGGAGGCCCGUUCGCCCGGAUUGCGGAGGAGGAUGAGAACGUCACCUCCCCUACCGACUCCACCUUUCGAACAACGGAUAUUCCCUCACUGGGUGCCCAGGUGCAUGCUUCACGCUCUCAGCCGGAAGACAGGGCGGGCGUAUUCGGCGAGUUUGGAUCAUUUGGCCAGAAUCCCUUUGGAGGAAGAGCUGAGGAUCCUUCUGCUCUUCGUUUCGCAGCCGGCCCAAACGAUGACUCUUUCCCCAGCCAGUAUGCUCUGGGCCGCCGCACCUCUGUUUCUGCCGAAUCGUUGAAUCCUACUAGUUCUGAUUCGGAUUCGUGGACUCCACCAUAUCACCCGAAAACUGCCGAGCAGCUGACUCGGCUCAAAAAGUCGGUGGAGGCGAACUUCCUCUUCUCCCACCUCGAAGAAGAUCAGGCCAAGACUGUUUUGGAUGCGCUGGUCGAGAAACCCAUUCCCGCCAAGGAUAUCAAGGUCAUUACGCAGGGUGAUGCUGGAGACUAUUUCUAUAUCGUUGAGCAGGGGCAUUUUGAUGUUUUCAUCCACUCGUCCGGCUCAGCGCAGCCGGGUCCCGAUGGAAUGGGAAAUAAGGUCAACGCGAUCUCCCCUGGAGGGUCCUUUGGCGAGCUGGCAUUGAUGUACAAUGCCCCUCGCGCUGCUACUGUCGUGUCGAAAGAGCCAGGAACCGUCUGGGCGCUUGACCGCGUGACCUUUCGAAGAAUCUUGAUGGACGCUGCGUUCAAACGCCGACGCAUGUACGAGGCCUUCUUGGAAGAGGUGCCUCUCCUGGCUUCUUUAAGACACCACGAACGCACAAAGAUCGCAGACGCCUUGGAUACGACCAAAUACCCUGCAGGCCACAUCAUCAUCCGGGAAGGCGAUCGCGGCGAUUCGUUCUACUGGCUCGAAUUGGGUGAAGCUGAGGCAUAUAAAGAAGGAAUUGAAGGGCCCGUGAAGCAUUAUAAACGCGGCGACUAUUUUGGCGAGCUUGCUCUGCUUGAUGACAAGCCGAGACAGGCAACUAUCAUUGCGAAAACCGAUGUCAAGCUUGUAAGAUUGGGACGGGCUGGAUUUAACAGACUGCUUGGCCCGGUCAAGGACCUCAUGCGACGCAAUGCCUACGAUAUCCCUAAAGAGACGCCAAAGCCGGAAGAAUCAUGA